CUGCAAUUUAUGCGCACUCAAAUUUUCGUGUUCGUUGAAACAGGAAUGAGAGAAAUCUCGGCUUGUCAUCAAGCCAAAUGUCCGUCAUUUUUUCAUCUGUGGUUGUCCCUAUAAUUCGCCAAAAUUCCGUCGUUUAAGAAUUCCCGUGUUCGUUCGACUGAACUGUCAGUCCAGGGUGGGCAUUGUAACAAGUACUGGAGCACUGAGCCUGGCGGCGCACUUUACCGAGACCAGUUAGACGUUAACUUCGAACCCGAGUGGGAGCCUAGCUGAUAUUUACUGGGUUCAAUCUGGUUCCAGUUUGCUAUCCUUCUUCGAAUUUCCUAGCAUAUCCCUUGACUUUGGCCUCGAUUUGUGGACUAUUUUAUCUAUCUCUUUGCUCAAGCAUUCUUAAAGGAACUCUGUUACCAUAAUGGAACAACUUAAUGCUAAAAGCCUGAAAACCGAGCUGUUUGACAGCUCAGAAAUGACUCUCAAGGAUAUCAUUGUAUCUAAGAUCAACGAUCCCACGAUGAGAGAGGAUGCUGAUGAUGCUUUUUUCAUUGGAGACCUUGGGGACAUCAUCCAGAAGCAUCGCAAGUGGCUCCGAAAUCUGCCAAGAGUGGAGCCCCAUUAUGCUGUGAAAUGCAACCCAGAUGCUCAUGUUCUGAAGCUUCUUGCAGGCUUAAACAUUGGCUUUGACUGUGCCAGCAAGACUGAAAUCCAGGAGAUACUCAAGAUUGGUGUGUCUCCUUCCCGGAUCAUCUUUGCCAACCCCUGCAAACAACGAUCCCAUCUCAAGUACGCAGCCGAGAAUGAUGUGCGUCUUAUGACCUUUGACAACGAAGCAGAGCUGCUCAAGGUCAAGAAGGUCUUCCCUGAUGCCAAGCUUGUUCUUCGUAUCCUAACUGAUGAUUCCACUGCCCAAUGUCAACUGGGUCUCAAGUUUGGCUGCCAUCCUCGUCAUGCCCCCGCUCUGCUUCGUACCGCCCAAGACUUGGAGCUUGAUGUCGUUGGAAUCAGCUUCCAUGUUGGCAGUGGAUGCCGCGACCCCAUGACCUACAUUGAGUCAAUCCGUAAUUCCAAGGAGCUUUUUGACUUUGGCAAUGACCUUGGUUUUAAGAUGAACCUCCUUGACAUUGGAGGGGGAUUCCCCGGCCAGGAUUCGGCACCAAUCAAAUUUGAGGAGUUUGCGACAGUCAUCAACCAAGCCCUCGCGGAGAACUUUCCCGUAGGUUGCGGAGUGCGUGUGAUUGCUGAGCCCGGUCGUUUCUACGUCGCCUCUGCCUUCACUUUAGCUGUCAACAUCACUGCUAAGCGAAUGGUAGCUAGAGAUGUCCCAACCUUCAAAGUCCCCGAAAGCGAAGAUAUUGUGGCCAACACCAUAGCUCCCUCUAAGUGCGAUGAGCCUGCCUUCAUGUACUACGUCAAUGACGGUGUCUACGGCUCAUUCAACUGUCUUCUCUUUGACCAUGCUGAAGUCGAACCUACCCUUCUAAAGGAGCGUGUUGGGGACGUCCAGAUGUUCUCCACCAGUAUCUGGGGGCCAUCUUGUGAUGGUUUGGAUCGCAUCAUUGAGAACCAUCUCAUGCCUGAGCUGGAAGUUGGAGAAUGGCUUAUCUUUCAAGACAUGGGAGCCUAUACUAUGUGUGCCAGCUCUGAAUUCAAUGGCUUCAAACGACCCAUCUUAUAUUCCAUCAUAUCCAAGGAAUAUCUGUCCAUCGUAGAGCACAUCACUGACCAGCCUAAGCCACGUAACAGCUGCAAGGCUUCCUUCACUCAGCUGGCUACAUCACCACCAAGAGGCUUCUUUGAUGAGAACAGCUGCUUGGUUGAUCUCCCAGAUCCACCCUACGAUGACAUCUACAGUUUGGUGGAUGGUGGCGCCUGCCGAGAGAUCGCUGCAGAGAUUUGACAGUUCCUCAACAACAAAAACAUAUCCAGAUACCCAAGAUCCUAAGUCUCACUCUGAUAUUCUUGAUCGGUAGCAGUUGGUUUCCUUAACAAAAGAAUGUCAUAUUAUUCUGUAAUGUCAUGCUUUAUACUUUCUUGUUUUCCUGUGAUAUAUAUAUAUAUAUCCAUGGUAGUUUAAGUUGUGAUUAGCUCCUUUAAGAAUGCUUGAUUGAUGUGCGUUAUAUCCCUCCAUAUCAAGUUCCUUUGUCUUUUAUUAGCCUAUAUCAAUAUGAUCUUAAAGAGAGUAAUUGCCAAGAUGUGUUACUUGCUUCAAUACAUGUAACACAUGUUGAAAACCCCUUUCUUUCUGAACAUUAGUAACUUAGCAGUUCUUUCCUUUAUAAUUAUGUGUCUGUAUAUAUACCAACUGGAACUAUAUUUGUUGUGGUGUACUGUAGAAAAAUAAGAAGCAGCUUACCUUAAAAUAAAUUUGUUGUGUCUUGGUUAUAUUACAUCAGUAGGACUGGUAUUGUAAUUUAUUUAUAUUUGGAUUUCGUUUUUGUGGAUUUUUAAAAAAAAUAGAAAAUAUAUGUCAUAUACAAUGGAUGCUAUCAACAAUGAAGUGCCAGAAAAAGAAAUUGCCUCCUACUCGCGUUUAUCUUUUUUGAUUCUCUGGAAAUUUUCAAAUUCCGGAUUGAAGGCAAGGCACAUUUUUCACGUAUGAAAACUCAAACAAAACAGAAUUUCAGGUCUUAUUUUUGACAAUCUGCAAAUUAGCAUUAAUUGCCGAUUGCGAGUAAUUGUGAUGGAGGAUUCUUUGAUGUUUUCUAUUAAAAAUAGCAAAACGUAUUUGAUAUGAGCAUUUAUAUUAUAUGAUUCUUAAGCCUCAAAGGAUUAUUUCAGGUUAUUGAUGUAUGAUGGUAUUGUGGAUAUACAACAUUUAAAAUUCAAGAGAAAAAUUAUUUGUCUGAUGUUCCCACCAAUGAAUGAGAAUUGAUGCUUUCUUUUACAGUCCUACCUGUAAUGAUUUUACUAGUAAGAGAUAUUUGCUUUAGUUUCAUCUAUGCUGCUAUAUUUCAUGCUAAGAUUCUUCAUUGGUGUACAAAAAUAAGCAACUACUAAUCAUAUGAAUUAUAAAUUAACAGAAUUAUUGGAAUUGAAAUUGACAUGUUUGAUGUCUUAUGUAUGCUUUUCUUUUAUUUAGGGCAUGUUGUAUAAUUUUCUUUCUGAAAGUAAUUUAGUAUUAAUUAAGUGAGAUCAGUAUUAUGCAUUGAGUACACUGUCCUGUUCUGAAUGUUAAAUGGUCAGAACUGGAAACCAGGCAUUACUAAACAAGUUUUAUGAAUGACAGGUAAUAUUUGAUUAGUUGAAUAUAUAUCGUUAUCAAUGUAUUUGUGAGAAUUUGAUGUUAAAAGUUAAAUGCUAUUAUUCAAUCCUUUCUCUAGGUUAUUUUGGUAUGUUCUUUGUAAGAAAAAAAAGUAUUAAUGAAAGUAGAGCAUAAAUUGUUAGUACAGUCCAUUUCCUCUCAUAUUGUUGAAGCAUUUAGGGGACAAUUCAAUAUGAAUCAAAGUUUAAUUCUAUCUACUGGAAAGCCUUUCAAACUUGACAUAUCUAAUCUUGGCUCUUGGCUCCAUAUAUUUCAUUUAUCUGCAACAUGGUUAUACUCUCGUAUUGCAUGAUUGGCACAUAUAGUGGUUGAAUAUAUAUAUCCUUGUAUUACAGGAAUGUUUCAUUUUGUGGCUAUCUGCUCUAUGAUAAUUUUAAUCUAAAAUUUUUCUUUCAUUUAAGAGACAAUUAUUUUUGGUUUACAGUUUACUCCAUUGUAGCAGGAAUAAAUGGUUGGCUUAUUAUCACAAAUGA